AUGCACGUAUUCUCGACGCUUCCGCGCAAUGCCAACUUCAUCGAGCACACCAGCCGCCUCGGCUGGAAGGAUGAUUGUGGCAUGAUCGUGGACCCGAGGCUAGGACAUCUUCUCUUCUACGCGUCCACCCGGCGGGAGCUGCCGACGGCGUUCAAGCUGCACACGGGGUCGCUGACGCGGGACUUGGCCGAGUACGUGGUGAGGUGUACGCUGCUCAUGUACUACGCCAACUUGGUGUCGUCGCCGGAGGGCUACUUCCAGACGGUGCUCUGCAACGCGCCGAGGUUGGUGGUGCCCACCGUGGCCAACCACGAUGAUCUCCACCACAUCCAGUGGGAGUGGGACGUGCCGCCGCGGCAGCACCCGCACGCGCUUACGCUCGGGGACAUGGGCCGCAUGGUGCGCAGCGACGCGCGACGACCCGGUGCUCGACGCCAUCGACGCCCGGCUGUUGAGCGGGCGCGGCACGGCAGCGGGAAGGCUGCUGCGGGGAUGUUUGAACGCAGGGAGUAG